AUGACGUUUUACGACUUGAAUGUUCCGUAUAACGAGCCCAACGAACCGGGAAUCACUAAUACCCUACGGUUUCUAUCCGAAUUGGGAUACACUACUGUUGCCCUUUCACAAUCAUUAACAGGCAAAUUGCCGGCUGUCGUAUCUCCGCUACCUCUACCAACCAACGUCCCUCCAUCUAUCACCCUCCUAACUCGACUAAAUAUCACACUCUCCGAUUCCACACAAAACCAGCGUUUAGCGGCACUAGCACAAUCAUACUCGCUUAUUGCUAUACGCCCUGUGAAUGAGAAGACACUUUCGCAAGCUUGCAACAGCCUUGAUUGUGAUAUAAUAUCCCUCGACCUCUCUACACGCCUAUCGUAUCAUUUUAAAUUCAAAACUCUCUCCGCAGCAAUCUCAAGAGGAGUCCGAUUAGAAAUAUGUUACGGACCCGGAGUGACGGGUAGCGGGCUGGAAUCCAGGAGGAAUUUAAUAGGAAAUGCGGCCGCGUUGAUCCGCGCUGCGCGGGGGAGAGGGAUAAUCAUAUCCAGUGAAGCUAAACAGGCUCUUGGUAUACGGGCACCAUGGGACAUAGUGAACCUCGCAUGUGUAUGGGGGAUGAAAUCUGAGAGGGCGAAGGAGGCGGUGAGUGAGGAGGCCAGGAAGGUUGUGGAUAUGGCGCGGGUGAAGAGGACAAGCUUCCGGGGGACAGUUGAUGUCAUAUACGGAGGGGAAGAGGACGAAGGUGUUGCAAAGAAGGCUGAUCAGGAGUACGCCUCCAGACGAACCACAGUUAUCCAAACGGGAGAUAAGACGGCGGGCAAAAAAGGCCAAACUAUUGAGUGCGGACACUUCUGGCGCGGCCUCUCCAGCUACAUGAUCACCAUCCCACCUGUGUUUCAACUGUACGAAUAUAUUAUAGUCACUAUACCAGGGGCUGGCUAG